AAAGUAAAAUGUAACCUUUUUCUUCUGUAGUUAUUUAUGUUACAUAUACAACUUGUGUCACAAGUUAUAUAAAAAAGAUAAAAGUAACAAUAGCCAUCAGGAUGAUCAAGUAAUCAUGAUGCUGUGACCAAGAUGAGUAUUACCCUGGUUCAAAAUGGUGAUAAUGUGUCAAAUUUCAGGAGAAAGUGUCUUUAUUGUAAACAGCAACAAUAUUUUUCAUAUGCUGAUGAUUUUCGAAAUCAUCUUAAAAAUCUUCACUGUGGUAAAGAAGGAGGUUCAUUUGUUUGUCAGUAUGGUAGAAAUAAUGUUUGUUCUAUUUUACCAAUAGAAGGAGCAAAUGAAAAAGAAUACUUAACUCAUAUUGAGAAAGUACAUAUUGGAUUAAAUGAUCCGAAUCACUCCAAUGAAGAAAAUCUAACUAUUUCAAAAAGAAAUUCAUUAUCUUAUCUCAAAUAUAAAGAUGAUAGCCUUUUGCCUGGUGAUAUUAAAACAGGUUGGACACAAUUUCCUUGUCAAAACUUAUCAGCUGUAUUAAAUGACCCCAAACGGAAAAGUAGAGAAACUGAUUUCUUUACUCGAGUUUGGGGAGAAGAUUUUGUACCUCAAGUCAUUAUACCUUUAACUCUUCUUCCAUGUUUUCCACGAAGUCUCUUUCUUGAUUAUUGGAAAAAAUAUGAACUAAAAUAUCUGCAUCAUGUACGAUUAAAACGCACUAUACUUGCUCCUCAUUCAGGGAAAAAAAAAGAUGUAAAAUACAAAGAAUUAAAAAAUGAAGACACAGAAAUACCGGAGGUGUUUUUGAAACCCGAUUUUCAUCUUGAAGAGCCAAACACUUUUAAUGAAGUGCUUCCAUGGAAUCAAAUUACAAAAAAAACAACUUUACAAUCAUCCUCCGGAACUGGCAAACUUCUUCAAGAAAAGCUUGCACAUUACCUUGACAUGAUUGAGGUCAAUCUUUCACAACAGAUUGCAACAAAAUCAUCUGACUUUUUUCUUGCUAUGAGUUCUCAAGACAAGUUGCAAGUUGAUGUUCAACUCUCCUGUCAAGAAGUAAAGCAACUUCGGCUUCGAUUAAAUGAAAUACGUGAUCGUUUAGUAAAAGUACCACUAAAUAUGAUGAGGUUAAUGCGUCUUCGUGAGAGAUAUGAAAUUGUUGAGGAGAAGCUGAAACUAAUGGCAACCAUUCAUCAAACUCAACCUACCAUUCAACUCCUUUUAUCAAAUUCAGAUUUUGUGAGUGCUCUAGAUUUAAUAGAAACAUCUUUAGAAGUUUUGCAGCAAGAACUAUUAGGAGUGCAAUGUUUCAGACAUCUUAGCUCUCAAUUAUUAGAAAUGCGAAGAGUGAUUGAGCAAAUGAUGAUUGCAGAGUUUCUUGAGUUUACAGUUAACUUUUUAAAUCAACCUCAUGGGAAUAAAAUUUUUGAUGAAGAGGAACAUCUUGUUUCAAUUGUUCUUGGGCUUCUUCAUCAAAAAAAAUUUGAAUUUCUUCAAGCUUAUAAGGUGGAAGCUUUUGCAGUUGUAAAAUCCACUGUGAAAAAGGCUGCACAUGAUCAUAUAGUGGAAGGAGUAGAAUAUUCUAAUGAUCAAAGUAUUAAAUUUGGAUCAUACAUACGUUCGCUUUCACAUGAUGAAUGGCUUAUGGUACUUGAAGCUGUGUUUUGUGUCAUCCUUCAUGUUUUGAAAAAUAUGAAGGUUGUUAAUGAAGCUAUUCUUAAUAUUUUUCAUCUUGCUUCUGGAAUAGUUCCAGAUAAUCAUAAAAUUUCCUUUUCAGAGCAUAACGAAUUUAUCAAUAGCAAUGACCUUGCUAGCUUGACCAAGGAAAGUAAAGACAUAUUAUGGUCAGCUUGUGAGCUAGCUCAAACACGCUGUUCAAAAGUAAUAAUGAUGCGAGCAAAGGAAGGUGCUCUUGAUCAGCUCUCUUCAAAAGACUUUGUUGUUCUUGCACGAAUGGUUGAGAAUUUUUCUGCUGAGUGUGAAUCAAUAUCUGGUCGUCAAUCACAGAAUUUUCGAAGUACUCUUUUAACACAAGCAAAAAUGUUUGUAGAUAAGUUUCAUGAGCAGAGAAAGCAUAAUUUAAGUAAUAUAUUAGACAUUGAACGAUGGCGACAAGUUGAUGUUCCUGGUGAAAUUCAAAAUUUAGUUAAUUUCUUUCCUGAAGGAAAAGAAAAUUCAAGCCUUAAGUCAAGUUCUAAAGUCUCAGUUUCGUCUCAUCUUUUGGUACAAGGUCAACGGUUUGUUGUUGUUGGUACAUUGUUGAUGCUUUUAAAAAUAGUGGCAGAAUACUGUCAAUGUGUUGGAGAUGUACCGAUGUUAGCUUUAGAUUUACUUACAAAGCUUUGUGAAGUGUUUAAGUUAUUUAAUUCAAGAACAUGUCAAAUUGUUUUGGGUGCUGGCGCCCUUCAAACAAUUGGGCUAAAAACCAUAACUGCGAAGCAUUUAGCGUUAGCUGCUCAAUGUUUAGAAGUGGUCAUUCUUCAUAUUCACAUAGUUAAAAAUUACUUUGAGUCACGAAUACCUCAGAAACAGUUUGUAUUGCUAUCGCAGUUUGACCAAAUUUUAAAAGAUUACAGUAAUCAUAGACAUGAGGUGCUUUGUAAAAUUGUUAGUCUUAUGGAGGGUAUAUUUAAUGCAAAUCUUGCAUCAUAUGAAGUGCGAGCACCAAUGCCAUCUAAAGAAAUGAGAGCAAUUGUUAAGCAUAUUAUAAAACUGUUUGAAGCUCUAGAAACAGUUUUCAAUGAACAACAAUUAGAGACUUUGUUUCGCGAUAUUCGUCGUUGUUUUAAAGUUUGUUUUGCGGAACGAUUAUCACAACUCAGUGUUGAAUGUGACGGAGGACCUCAGCAUGGUUUGGUUACAUCCGAUCUUACAUUUUAUUUGUCAAGUCUGAAGCAAUAUUCAGGUUUUAGUGAUCUUAAUUACAAAUUUGACGAUAUAUGGCUAGCAAUAAAAGAAUUAAGACUAGAAAAACUGAAAAAUAAUAAACACUUUGCAACUCAAAUCAAUGGUCAAAUCAAAAUAGCUCACAAAUAAGCAGUAUUCGCAUGUUCUGUUUUUGUGAAGAAGCAGUCGAUACUUACAAAUAAGCAGUUGAAAUUCAUACUGGUAUGGUGACCACAUAUAACUAAAGCAAAUGUCAAAAGAUGUCAGUUCUACCUCGUAAGAUAUUCAGUUUGAAUAUGUAUAUCAGCGCUUUUAAAGAGUUUCCAUAAUUAUAAGCGCCUGAAUAUUUUCUUGAUGUCGCUUGCACUUCAUAAGUACGUUAGCUAUGGAAACUUGUACGCAAAUCUCUAAUAUCCAUACCGCUUAAGACAGUCCUAUUGCGCUUAGUUAUAACACAGUUGAUUUUUAUAAAAUCACUCUGCAUUAUUUACUGCUCUGUAUUAUUUGCGAAAUUUGUAAAUUUUUGUAAAAUUAUUUAAUAGUUGAGGCAUUCAACUGAGAAAAACAAAAUAUUAAAAUUAUAUUUUUGAAAUAUGUCAAGGCAAACUUUUUUAAAGAAUUAUUUUAUAUUAAAGUUUUUGUAUUUAGUUUUACUUUUUGUUUUUAGUUCAGCAAAAAUAAAAAAUUAUCUGGAAA